AUGAGCUUGAUGUGGAUUUGUCCUCGCUGUUGUGUGUGGUGUUAUAAAGCCCGGUCGAUCCACGGUUGCUCUUGUGCACCGCCGAUGGUAAUCUCACCGCUGGUAAUCUGCACGAAUCAAGGCACAAUCUUUCACUUCGAACCAUCAACUGACCCCCAGUUUACUCGACUUUCUAUUCUCUUCUUGCAGUGUUCGAAAUGGCGACCCUCCUUGCUCCAUACAAUACUGCAAUGCAGUUGGGCUCCGGCUUCAACUCCUUUACCCAACAGCUCUGCAUCAAUGAUGCCGUUGUCAGAGACAGUCAACUUGAUGACGCUCUGGAUAAGAAGCCGAGGGUUCCUAUGGCCCAGGAAGUCAUAUACAAGACUGCUGUCAUUGACAAGGUCACUGACGUGACGAACGCCAUGAAUAUCAAUGCCGCCUUUGCCAUCAAAUACGAUGCCUUUGACGCAAAGGGAAAAGGAGACUUCAUCAACACUUCAAAGGUCAAGGAAAGCGACGCCAGCUUUAUGAUCUCGGUAAAGGUGGUCAACCAAGUCAUAUAUGAUCAUUCUCUGAACAAGUUCGACCCUAUCCCCGAUGUGAAGCCGGAGCACUUCGCUUCUGUCUACGGCGACAGCUUCAUCUCAGGAUUCCAGGAGGGCGGCGAAUUCAUUGCCGUCAUCUCCGUCAAGGCCAAGGACCGCAAGAAGGCUGUCAGUAUGAAGGCUGAUGCGGCAAUCAACUUCACCAAGGAGAGCUUCUCCUUGGAUAUUAACGGGGAGCUCGUCAAGACCGACAACACUUUCCUGGAGGAGAACGAGACAACCGUGUCCGUCUCGUGGUCUGGUGGUGGCCAGGAUCUGAAACCCUCUGAUUCGGAUUGGACUCUGGAUACCAUGCGAGCCGCGGCUCUGAAGUUCCCCGACCUGGUCGCUCAGACUCCCAUGCGAACACACGCCAUCCUCACCAAGUACACGUCGCUGCGCAGCUUCCAGACUGCUCUGAGCAAGCUCACGAGCGGCAACGACCCACGCGCUAUCAUACCCAACUAUGAAAAGGCGGGAGUCUACACAACGGUCCUCCAAGAGGCCUACCUUGAUUUUAAGACCGUCAACAAAAAUCUGCAAGUCAUGGCCUUCAACGUGAGCGCAGGGACCGAGAUCCUCGUCGAGUCUCUCGCUGCACGGCGGAGCCGGGAAUCGAAGCAGGGCUCCCCAACCAGCCCCAGGCAGACUACCGAGGCAGCUGAGUCGGACGACGACGAGUCGAUACGCUCCUCCCUGGUAGCCGUCGGCAAUAACCCAGAACGGGCAACGAAGCCUUACCCUCCCACAAUUGCUGGUCUCGAGGCCGCUCGUCAGGACGUUCGUAUCAUGCUGAACCGGAUUGUUGCCGAGGUGGACAUGAUCACUCAGAAGCCAGAGCUGGCCGUGAACGAGACGAGGGCCAUGUCUUACAUGUCUCCAUUCCUUUUCAAGGAGCUUCUCCCCGAGAGCAAGCCCGCUAAAGAGAAGACCGAGACUACCACUGAGACCAAACCGCAAACGACUGACUCGACAGAUUCUAGCAACCAGCUCGGUGACUUGUCAGAAAAGAUGGGAACCACCAUGCGCUUCUAAAUUUAUGUCCCACUCCCUUGCCUGAAUUUCGUGGGUUGGUGCUGAACUGUUGCAGUUUCCCGUGUUUUGGUCUAGACAACGUUCAUGGACUCUGUUAUUUCUGGUCCAGUAUCUACAGCAACUUUGUUCUUUUUGGGGAUUUGGGGAUUUGGGGAUUUGCUACUGAGCUGUUAACUAGCAGUGUGGUAAUUUUCAUGUUGGCCAAGGUCGUAAAUUGGCAAAAUCU